UGAACACAUCUCUCCUAAUAAUGGCCAAUGUCGUCGUUUUGUGCUUACGCGUUCUCCUCUCUAGCUUUUUUAUUUUUCCGGCAAUUGCGAAUCCUCGGACGGAGCUGGUCUAUAAAUUCUGCGGCGAAGAACGAGCAGAGAAUGUUUCAGAAUUCAACCAAAACUACGUCAAUGCAAUAGUAUCAAUGGAACCCGAAAUGCGAAAAAACAAAUUUUCCAUAUAUGGAGAAGGGUACCCUCCAAAUCGAAUUUACGUCUUGGCUCAAUGCAUGGACGAUCUGACUAAUGAUGAUUGCGAAAUUUGUUUUUCUACCAUUAAAACGCAAUUGCCUGGUUGCUUUCCCCACAGCAGCGGUCGUGUUUUCUUUGAUGGCUGCUUCAUGAGAUUCGAGAACUAUAGCUUUUUUUACGAGUCUUCUUCUCCCCACGACGUCAAAAGAUGCAGCGAUGCAGUGAACUUGAAGAAUGAGCAAUUUAGGGAUGUGGCAACCAAAGUCGUCAAGGAUUUGGUAAACAUGGCCCCAAUUCACGGUGGCUAUGCAGAGGGACGAAGGAAAGCCCAUGGUUUAUCAGUUUAUGGCAUGGCUAACUGCUGGAAUACUUUGGACGAAAAAUCAUGUAACGAUUGUCUGACAAACGCAAGCACAUCUCUCCUUGAUUGUUUGCCAUCCAUUGAGGCGCGCGCCCUUAGCGUUGGCUGCUAUUUUCGUUACUCGGAAUACGAAUUUACCGAUGGUUCGAGUUUCUUUCUUAAUACUAAAGGAGCCAUUUUCAUGUACGUUGUAUUUGUUCUUGUUGCUGUUGGUGUAUGCGUAGUCGCUGUUCUGGUUGGAUAUAUUGUGGGUACAACUCUUCAAGAAAAACGAUUGAAACACCAGAAGAAACCUAAUGAAUCAGAUCUUGAGUCAUCUGUUAUGAAGAGGAGCCUGCAUUUCAAAUAUUCAACACUGGAGAAAGCUACAGACAACUUCAGUGAAGAAUGCAAGAUUGGCCAAGGUGGAUUUGGUGAAGUCUUUAAAGGGACUUUGCCAGAUGGUAGAGAAAUUGCUAUCAAACGAAUGUUCUUAACUACCAAGAUUCGGAAUGAAGAGAUAUCCAAUGAGAUAGACAUUAUCGGACAAGCUCAACACCAGAAUUUGGUUCGUUUCCUUGGUUGUUGUUUCACUGAUGAUGACAGCUUUCUUGUUUAUGAGUAUCUGGAAAAUAAAAGCCUUGAUCUUAUCUUAUUCGAUCCAAAGAAAAAGAAAGAAUUAGAUUGGAAGAGAAGGCUCAGGAUAAUCGAAGGAACAGCUGAAGGUUUAGAAUACCUUCACAACGAUUGCCAAGUUCGAAUCAUCCACAGAGACAUCAAACCUAGUAACAUCUUACUAGACUCAAAGUACCGUCCCAAAAUUGCAGAUUUUGGUCUUGCCAGGUUUAAUAUCAGGGAACAAGGAAGUGCGCCUCUUGUUAUUGCAGGCACAUUCGGAUACAUGGCUCCUGAGUACCUUGCUCAUGGACAAUUGACUGACAAAGUGGAUGUUUAUAGCUUUGGAGUUCUCAUCCUAGAAAUAGUAAGCGGCCGGGAGAUUAACAAAUUUCCAGCCGAUGACACACUAGACACCCUUGUAACCAUUGCUUGGAGACAUUUUAAGGAGAAAAGGGUAUCUCGACUAAUAGAUCCGAGCAUGGAGAUAGAAGAUGUGGAUGAAGUACUAAGGGUGAUUCAAAUCGCGCUGUUAUGUACUCAAGAGUCACCUAUUAUGCGUCCAGAUAUGACAACUGUUAUUAAACUACUCACACAAAAGGAAUUAGAAGUGCCUGUUCCAUCAAAGCCACCUUUCAUUGAGGAGUCAUUUCAUGAUUCUGAACAAGGUGGCUCUUUUCAUCGGCGUCAUCCCUCUGCAUCGUCAUUUCAUUCUUGCAGAUAUUAUGACACCCAACAAGAUCAUGGCUCUGUUCAUCGGCAUCAUCCCUCUGCAUCGAUUGAUUCUUAUUAUGACACAGAAAGUGUUUUGGGAGGAUAAUGAUGCUUUGUUGUAUGAAAUUCAUGGCCCUCUACAAAGACAGAGCUAGCCAAUUCAAUUUCACUAGGAGAAUGAAGAGUUCUUCACAGCUCAAAUGAGAUGAUUUUGGAGCUUAUGAGGAGCUUAUCCCUUUUCCCAGUUCACUAGUUGCAGUGCUCUGAUCAAGAACGGAUGAUGAUGCCUGAAUGCUGCAAAGGAUGCUGAAAAGACCAGAUCCGUAGAUAACUAAUUAAGUUUAUGUACAUUAACAGUAUAAAGUCGUUUACCACAAGCAAUGUAAAUUUAACAGGUAAUAUCAUUUUAGUUACCGUUUUUACUAGGUUACGGAUUACCACUUAAUGCUUACAAAUGACCUUAAUGUGUAAACAUUUUUACGCGGUCGGUGCAACACCUACGUCAUGUUAUG